AUGGAUGUGCUCGAGUUUCUGGGUUUUGACAGCUGGACAGUUUCCACAGUGGCCGUGGAGGCCGUUCUGGGACGCACCGCAUCCUUGCCCUGCGACAUCGAGCCGGAGGCAAAGGACGAUCGUGUGUAUAUGGUGCUCUGGUUCCGUGAGAGUGCCGGCAAGCCGCUUUACAGCUUCGAUGUGAGAGGAAGACCCUUCGAGAAGGCCCUGUACUGGUCGGACACCAACUCGUUUGGGCCACGUGCGUAUUUUGUUACCGGACAGCAGCCGGCCAAGUUAUCGGUGGACAACAUUCAGCUGGAUGACGAGGGCGUCUACCGUUGCCGCGUCGACUUCCAGAACUCGCCCACGCGUAAUCAUAGAAUUAAUUUAACGGUCAUUGUUCCUCCGCACCAAAUACUCGUGUACGAUGCCUCCGGUCGCGAUGUUGCCGGCGCUGUGGGUCCAUUGCUCGAGGGCGAUAAUAUUGUGUUGACAUGUGAAGUGCGUGGCGGCCGCCCGGAGCCAACGGUGACCUGGCUGAAUGGUACUCGCACCUUGGAGGCGGGCAGCGGGGUCUCCAUGGGUCGCCAUGUGACCGUCAACCGGCUGGAGGUUGCCCAAAUCUCGCGCUCCGCCUUGAACAACACGUACCGCUGUCAGGCUUCCAACACGAAACUGGUGGCGCCCGUGGAGCGCAGCAUCCGCAUCGAAAUGCUACUCAAACCCACAUCAGUCAAUUUAACCAAUAAGUUGAAGGUCUUCGCCUCGAACACGCAGUACAAUCUCACCUGCAUUGUGGCCGGAUCGGUGCCGGACACGGAAAUCAAAUGGACGCAGAAUAAUCGGCCCUUCAAACGUGGCACGCUGUCGACCAGCCAAGGCAAUGGCAGAGUCAUCUCCACGUUGACGUUUUAUCCACAACCCGAGGACGACGGCACAAUGCUCAAGUGCGAGGGAUCCAAUCCAAGGCUUCAGAACUCGGCCAUCGAGGAUUCGCUCAUGAUGAAUGUCAUAUAUCCGCCGCAGGUCACCUUGUCGCUGGGCUCCACACUGCGUCCGGACGAUAUUAAAGAGGGCGACGAUGUGUACUUUGAGUGCCACAUCAAGUCCAAUCCCAAGGAGCAUCGCAUCAUGUGGUCGCAUGACGGUCAACCUGUUAGCCAGAAUGUCUCCUGGGGCAUCAUCAUCUCCACACGCUCCUUGGUCCUGCAGCGUGUGGGACGCGUCCAUUCGGGUUACUACGCCUGUUCGGCGGCCAAUGAUCGCGGAGAAACGCAAUCCGCUCCGGUCAACUUGAGAAUAAGAUAUGCGCCCGUCUGCAGCAGCAGCACCAUCACCGUGAUUGGCGCCUCCUUGGAGGAGGCUGUGCCCAUACCCUGUCGCGUUAACUCGGAUCCGCCCGAAAUCGAUUUCGAAUGGACCUUCUCCACCAGCGGUGAACACUUUGAGGUGCCCUCGGGUCACUAUGCCACCAUCCAGGAUCCCACUAUGACCACCACCAGCGAUGUGAGGCGUACCGUUGUGGAGUCUAAUGAAACACACUUUGAGAGCUAUGUGGAAACCGUCAGCGAGCUGAUCUACACGCCCAAAGGAGAGCGAGACUAUGGAACAUUGGCUUGUUAUGGCCGAAAUGCGAUUGGCAAGCAGUCAGAGCCAUGUGUGUUUCAGGUGGUGCCAGCAGCCAAGCCCGGAGCACUGAGGAACUGUACACUCCGGCCGUACGUGGUGACCUCCGCAUCGCUGAACUCAUCGAACCAGACGACAAUGCAUGCCAAUCAAAUGCUGCCCACACAAUACGGCAGACACGAGUCGAAUUACCCGCACAUGGAGUACGUACGUGAGCGCAAUAACAGCAGCAGUAGCAGGAGUAACAACAAUGCCACGGCCCGGAACAAUGCGUCCAAUAAAAAUAUGAGGGGGAAGACAAGUGCUGGCCAGGCCAAAUCUAAUAACUGGCAGCUCAGCCAGCAGCAAUUGCAGCGCCUCAAGAAGCGGACCUCGUUUACGCCGUCGCAGACAUUGGCGGCCAUCGAGAGGCAGCGCCAGAGGAAGCAGCAACAGCAACAGCAACAAGCCACUGCUGGCAAAUCCACUGAUGGAAAAGCUGAUGGAUCGAAAAAGCAGCGGAUGCGGCGAGCCAGCCAAAUCCCACAGAGACUCCCAGGACAGCAGGAGCAGUAUCAGCAUCAGCAUCAGCAUCAACAUCAGCAGCAUCAGCUGGAUGCAGGCAACAAGCUCCGACUGAGAGCAUCAAUAACAAGCCAGCGGAAGCCAGCAGAAUCAAAUUUAUCAAUGUCACAUGUAGGCAACGGCAAAAGCAAGAGCCAGAGCAACAGCAAAAGUAACAACCCGAGCAGCAACAAUGGCAAACUGCCAGCAAAGUAUUUUAAUAAGCGACAGAAAAACAUGCACAAACAGAAGCACAACCUAAAGCUGAAGAUGAAGCUGGAGCAGGAGCAGGCAAACGAGCACAACGCCAAUAUAAUCCAUCAUUAUGCAACUUCGAAGCGAAGAAAGCGGCUGGCGUCAAACGACAUCUUAGCGACUGUGGCAGCGGCAGCAACAUCAGCAUCAUUAUCCUCCGAUCCUGUGGCCACCUCAUUGGCGGCCACAUCCACGGCUUCGCUGCAAAUCGAAAAGGAUGUGGCUCUGAGCAGCAGCAGCAACAAUAAGCGAGCUCGGAAGUCCUUAACAAACGCUGACAAACAGAAGAAACAACAGCAGCAGCAGCAGCAACAGUUGCUGCCGCCGAAUGCCCCGCAAAUAAGCAACCAGCCAGCAGCAUCAAUUAGCAGCAAGGAUGUUAAGGAAACAUCAGCAGCAGGAGCUGCAGCAGCAGCAUCAUCAGCAACAACGUCGCAAGUUGCAGUUGCAUCAGCAACUGGGGUCCAGGGCAAGACGACGUCUAAGCGGCAGGAGGACUCUAAGGAUGAUGACCAGGACAAUGACGAUGUCGCUGGCAACGACGAUGACGAUGACGAUGAUGACGACGAUGAUGAUGAUGAUGAUGGGGCAGAGAUGGAUGCUGACACAGAAGCCGAUGAUGGGGAGCAGCAGGAUGAGGAGACAACUGGCGAUGACUCUGCAGACCUGGAUGAAGACGUUGCCCAGCUGGCCACCGAUGCCGAUUACUUGGCCGAUGGUCCAGGCGAUUUAGAUGAUUACGAGACGGUCGAGGAGGUGGAUGGCAAGCCACAGCAACACGAGGACAUCUUGUCGCUGGAGCAGCAACUGGAUCUAGAGUCGCUGGAGGACAAUGUCGAUGCCGAGGAGGAGGCGGGCGAUGACGAUGAUAUGUACAAUGUCAGCGAUGAUGACUUUGUGGCCAGCGUGGCCCUCUCCACUUCCGACACAACGACAAUGGCAACAGCCACAUCCAGGCCAAAGGCAACGGAACCACCUCGCAAAAUCAAAACCAAACCAAAAGCCCAAACCAAAACCAGAACUGAAUGGCAGCAGCCGCACUUCGACUACUCACGCAUGGAGUAUAGCUUCAGCAACGGAGUCGUUACCCAGAGCCUGCUCGGUGGUUCCGGGACAGCAGCUGGAGCGGGGGCCGGACACGAUGCGUACGGACCGGGCGGCGGAACCAUCAAUUUCGACAACUAUGACAACAUCAUCUACUCCACCAUGGAACUGGAGUGCAUGCCCGGCUAUGAUGGCGGGCUGCAGCAGCAGUUCUUCCUGGAGGCCUACGAUUCCAAGACUAAAAAGCUAAGGCUAAAUAUGAGCAGCACCUAUGUGGAUGUGCCAGUAUUUAGAAUCGAUCUAUCAGAUCUAAUCCCCAUGGACUAUUAUCCGGAUGCCCAUCCGGCCCUGCAUUUGGUCGUCUACAGUGUCAAUCAGAAGGGACGCUCCGAGCCGAUUGUCCUUGAGAAUGUGCCUAUCAAUGAAGCGGACAAACGUUCAGAUGGUCGCAUAGGCCUAUCGAUUUUACCACUAGCCGCUCUUCUCGCCGGCACCUUAUUCACCGUGGGCAUUGCCGUCCUAUCCGUGGUGGUCAUCGCCGUACGUAGAAGACGUGGCCAAGGAGCUCGAAACAUGUGCGAUGACAAGGACAAACACCUGGGCAUGGAUGUGACAGUGACGGCGCCCCUGGAAACCGGCGCUGGUCAUCAGCGUUUGGUGGUGGCCUAUACCCUGAAGCAGGGCAUCGAGAAGCAGCCGGACAUUUUGAGCGCCCAGAAGAGUGCCCCAACUGGUGGUGACGUGGCGUCGCCGUUGGGAAAUCGGCCGAGUGGUUUGUUCACCGGAGGAGGAGUAGGUGGAUGUGGAGGAGGAGGCGCUGGCGGUGCAUCGGCCGCUCCCAUGGCCAACAGUGCAGUGAGCCACAAAACCACGGAUUAUGAUACGAAUGCCCCGCACCUGAACAGUCCGCCCUCGCAGUCCAGUACCUUGAAGCUGGAGAGUGACCCCGCGGCGACAGCAGCCGGUGGCAGGAGCGGCAAUGCCCCUCCACUCCUCUACGAUGCCAUGCCUUCGCUUAGCCGCUACGAGCAACUGGGCCUCAGCAUGGCCAACUAUUCCGCCGGAGGAGGUGCCGGCACUGGUGGCAGCAGCAGCACGCUCAGCUCCGCGGGCAGCACUGUCAGCAAUGCACUCGCCGCCAAUGGGGUGACAGGUGGUGCCGGAGCCGGAGGCUAUGCUUCACACCUGCACCACACGUUGCCCCACAACAUGACCCAGCAGCAACAGCCGGGAGGCAGCCUACAGCAUCGCGGUCACGAUCCGCUGAACAUGGGCGACUACCUGGCCACCAGCAGUCUGAUAGACUAUGGCCUAAACAAACCACCGCCCGCCGCGCACAUGACCCUGCCCAAGGGCCUGGGUCUGGGGAUGGGUAUGGGAAUGGGCCUGGGCAUGGGC